GUUUGGUGUGCGAUUCAGCGAUGGCUGCCUUCGUGAAAAGCUAUGGCCUGCAGUUGGUAGACCGCAGUGGCAAGGAGUUCGACGUGCAGCAGCUCACAGCUGCGGAUGUCAUCGCGUUCUACUUCUCCGCUCACUGGUGUCCGCCAUGCAGGAGCUUCACGCCUUUGCUGAAGAAGUUCUACGAAACUCUGCACGCCCAUGGCGAACGCUCCUUGAAGAUCAUCUUCGUCUCCAGCGACCAGUCAGAGCAUGACAUGUGGAAGUACGUGUAUGACUCACAUGGCGAUUGGCUGGCGCUGAAAUUCAGCAGUGAGCUGAAGGACAGGCUGUCGCGACAAUUUCAGGUCUCUGGGAUUCCCCAGCUCAUCGUCAUUGAUGGCGUUGGGCGCCAGGCAGUGCGCGAUGCGCGUGCAGAAGUUAUGGCUGCCACAUCAUCUACACAGGUCUUGACAACAUACCUGGGCUGGAAAUCUUCAGCUGGAGCAUCUUCUGCUCCGCAGGAGGUUUCAUCUGGUCUUCUGGCGCCUGGAAGUCGUGUGAAGAUCCGAGGGCUGCAAAGUAAGCCCGAGAACAACGGCCUGGAAGGUGUGGUGCAAAGCUUCGACAACUCCCAGCGCAGAUAUGUGGUCAACAUCGCUGACAGGCCGCUGUCUUUGAAGCCUAGCAACCUGCUCCAGAUUGUCCAGCUUCGAGUACGAGGCCCAGAGCCUGAAGACCCGUGGCAGGAGGCAGAGCUCAAAGAUUUAGACGAGGCCAGAGCGAAUUGGCGCUUCUGCUUUGGUGAUUCCUUCUCGUUGCGGCAUUUGCCUCGUUCGUUUGAGGUUGGGGCCGAGAGUCCACGUGAACGCUGGAGCGGUUGUGGCGGUGCAUGGGCUGCAGAACGAGUCCGCGAAGCAGUGGAACGAGCAAAACGGAAAAGUCUCAGACUUCGAUGAGGCCACACAGAGGUACAGCAUCCUCAUGAGCGGUGGUACAUGCCUCAAGAUCAAAGUGGAUAAUCUGAGGCUUUGCCCGCUGACUUAGUUUGCACGUGCUUUGCUGCUGUGCUCGGUG